AUGGUGAAUUACGUCUUUGCCCUUGUUUGGGUCAUCGCACUUGUUGUGGCUGACACCAAGGCAAAGAUCUUGUAUGGAGCUGCUACCUCAGCAUACCAAGUUGAAGGAGCUGCAAAUGUCUCUGGUCGAACUCCUUCAAUCUGGGAUGCAUUCACUCGAAUUCCUGGCAAGAUUGCUGAUGGAAGCAAUGGUGAUGUCGCAUGUGAUCACUAUCACAAGUAUGAACAAGACAUUAUGAUUAUGAAGGAUCUUGGAUUCCAAGUUUAUCGCUUCAGCUUGUCAUGGACUCGUAUGAUGCCUGAACGUGGACAAGUCAAUGAAGAAGGAGUUGCUUUCUAUAAUCGUCUUAUUGAUGCUUUGAUUCAGAAUGGCAUUACUCCUUAUGUCACCUUGUAUCAUUGGGACUUGCCUCAAGCACACCAAGAAGAGUAUGGGGGCUGGACGAGUGUGAAAGUUGUAGACGACUUCAACGAAUUCGCUACAGUCGCUUUCUCGAAAUUUGGAGACCGUGUUAAGAAUUGGAUUUCCAUCAAUGAACCAUACACCUUCUGCAACAUGGGAUACCAAAUGGGUAUCUUUGCACCUGGAGUUACGGGUCAACAACAGCAGUGCAAUCACAAUAUACUAUUGGCCCAUUGUCGAGUGGUGGAAACUUUCCGUACUCGAUUCAAUAAUGGCCGUAUUGGCAUUACAAUGGAUUCUGAAUGGACGGAGCCAUACUCAAACUCUACAGCAGACGUCAAUGCUGCAGAGAAUGCCUUGGUUGCACAUUUAGGAACUUUUGCUGAUCCUAUCUUCUUGACUGGCGAUUACCCCGAGUCAGUGAAAGCAAUCAACCCUAGUUUGUCUAUAUUUACCGAUGAACAGAAACGUCAACUAAAGGGCUCUGCUGAUUUCUUUGGACUAAAUUUUUAUACAGCCAGUUAUGAGCAAGCUGGUCCCAACAACACGUCCGUCAAUACGAAGUAUCGAGAUGGUCAACCUAUCGGAGCUGUAUCUGAUUCUCCUUGGUUGUUUGUUGUCCCUUGGGCCUUUCGCAAGCAGUUGGUUUGGAUCAAGAACCGAUAUGGAUCGGUUGAGAUCGUUGUCACUGAGAAUGGAGUCAGUGUGCCCAAUGAAACCAAUGUGGACGUCUCCAUCCACGAUACAUUCAGACAAAACUUUUACCAAUCAUACUUGGCCUCUAUGAUGGAUGCUGUACGUAUUGAUGGAGUCAAAGUCACUACAUACAUGGCUUGGUCAUUCCUUGACAAUUUUGAAUGGGCUGAUGGGUACUCCAAACGAUUUGGUAUUGUGCAUGUUGACUUUGCGACGUCGCAACGAAUUCCAUUCGAAGAUGUACUCGUUAAUCCUACCUUGAUGCAGGACGUGAUCGUGCCUAGAUCUGGAACAACGUUUAUACCUGUCCUGGUAUCGCCUGAUGGCAAGACGGUUAUUCAAGAUACGACGGAUAUAGUCGAUUACUUGGAAUCAGUAUUUCCAACGCCAUUUCCUGCAUACCCUACGAAGUCUAAUCCCAAGCAGAGAUUCCUGACCUACUUUUUGGAAGCUUAUGGCGAUGAGUGGAUGAAGAAUUGGGCCAUGCAUUACAGGUGGAACUUUGAGAAUGCUAGAGAUUACAUGUAUCAUGAGUUUGGAAGCAUGUUUCCUGGGAAAAUGUCGUAUGAAGAACGAAUCAAGAAGGGUGGAGAACGUGCAGUGAAGCUGCAGAAAGCGGCACUUCCACUUGGGGUGACUCCUGCAACCAAAGAGACGAUUGAAUUACAACUACAUGACUUUUUGAAAAAGUUGACAAAUCAUUUGGAUGAGUACCCUUACUUAUUGGGAAAUGCACCAACACUAGCAGAUUAUUCCUUCUUUGGUGGAAUGUAUGCUCACCUGCUGCGAGAUCCGAUACCCGGUCCUAUUUUAAAGAUUAAAUAUCCGCGAGUUGUAGAUUGGAUUGAAAGAGUCUGCCAGCUCCAUGGUAAAGCCAACCCCAAUCGAAUACUCUCUGGAACGACCGUCAAUGGAAUCACAACAUGGAAACGAGAGUCACCAUCAGAUGCAAAAUACAAUCUACAACCCAACGACGAAAUUCCAGUAACGCUCUUACCUUUGCUUAGACCGAUAAUUGAGGAUAUGCUGCCAUUCAUGAUAACGACGGCCAACGUCUUAAAGAAAUGGUUGUCUGAACAAAAGCCAAACCACAGGGGUGAGAUACCGAGAUCGUUAGCAAUAGCAGAUUAUCAUGUAACUGACCCACUGACGGGUCAAGUCGUUCGUGGAAAACGUGCUGUGAUGCCCUAUGAAUUGUGGAUGAUUCAACGGUCUGUAGAUUGGUAUGAGUCGUGCAGUGAGGUGCAACGCCGUGAUAUUGAUGCGAUGUUGGACUCUGUUGUAAACGGUGGUAGUUUGAUAUUUAAGGAUGUUGUUCUUGCCGUGAGAGGAGCGCGAGUGAAGAGAGUAAACAAUUUGCUAGUACCCGAUGUCGAAAAGAAUUCCGUACCGUCGUCAGCUCGGUUGUAG